AUAAAAUGUCAGUUUGCUGGCUUAUUAGUGAGGAGGGCCUUCAUAAACCAAUACAGCUGCCUCACUGGCAUGCAGUCGUAUUGGGUCGAGGACCAGAAACAACAAUUAAAGACAAAAAAUGUUCCCGUCAGCAAGUUGAACUGAAAGCAGAAUGCAACAAAGGUUAUGUGAAAGUUAAACAGCUGGGUUCAAACCCAGCAUCAGUAGACUCCGUUGUUAUUGGGAAGGGGAAUGAGGUGAAGAUGAAGCCAGGACAGCGGCUGCACAUUGUCAAUGAGCUUUACCCCUGUACCAUACAGUUCAAAGAAGAUCUUAGUGGUGAGCAGCGUGGAGUUAAACGCCCACGAGAGACUAUUCCUGUGGACAAAGAAACUAAUGCACAAACUACAAGGUUGAUUACAUCAAAGAAAUGUGAAAAGGAAAAGUCUGUACAGCCAGAAUGUCAUGCUCAAACUUCACAGAAUGAUGUAAGUGAAAAGGGAGGGUUUGGACAUUGGAAUCAAGGUCUCAAAGUGUCCAUGCAAGACCCAAAGAUGCAGGUCUAUAAAGAUGAGACGGUUGUAGUUAUUAAAGACAAAUACCCCAAGGCUCGCUACCACUGGCUGGUUCUCCCGUGGCAGUCUGUUCACAACCUGAAGGCCCUACGCAAGGAGCAUUGUGAUCUAUUAAGGCACAUGCACAAGAUCGGGGAGCAGAUGGUUCUCCAGUGCCCAGAGUCUGACUCCUUACGCUUCCGCAUGGGCUACCACGCCAUCCCCAGUAUGAGCCAUGUUCACCUUCAUGUGAUCAGCCAGGACUUUGACUCGCCUUGUCUAAAGAACAAAAAACACUGGAAUUCAUUUACCACAGAAUAUUUUAUUGAAUCAAAGGAUGUUCUCCACAUGCUGGAAUCAAAUGGAAGAGUCAGUGUUAAAGAAGGCACCAGUGAAUUGCUGAAGUUACCUCUUCGCUGUCACAUAUGCCACAGAGAGCUCUCGACUAUACCUGCGCUAAAGGAACAUCUCAAGACACACUUCUGAAGAAACACAGUUUGAGCUAUUUAAGUGACAAGGAGUGAUGCAGAUAUUGUUUUUGUAUUAUAAUAGUUAUAGUUUAUAGUUGUUUGACCUUUUAUUGGUUCAAAGCAUAUUUCAAAACUGUUACUUUUACUACACAGCUGUUUUUUUUUUGUUCAAUUAAAUUUCUUUUGUUACUGA